AUGGAUUUUGUGGCUGGAGCCAUCGGAGGUGUCUGCGGUGUUGCUGUGGGCUACCCCCUGGACACAGUAAAGGUCAAGAUCCAGACAGAGCCCAGGUACAGGGGCAUCUGGCACUGCGUCUGGGACACGUAUCGCCGAGAGCGGGUGUGGGGCUUCUACCGAGGCCUCUCGCUGCCUGUGUGCACCGUGUCCCUGGUCUCGUCCGUGUCUUUUGGCACCUACCGCCACUGCCUGGCACGCAUCUGCCGCUUUCGCUAUGGCAGCCCCGACGCAAAGCCGGCCAAGACUGACAUCACACUGUCCGGAUUUGCCUCUGGCCUGGUCCGCGUGUUCCUGACCUCGCCCACCGAGGUGGCCAAGGUCCGCCUGCAGACGCAGACGCCCAGGCAGCAGCGGCGCCCUUCGGCCUCGUGGCCCUCGGCGGCGCACCCGCUGUGUCCCGCGCCCCCUGCCGGUUCCGGGCCCAAGUACCGAGGGCCACUGCACUGUCUGGCCACGGUGGCCCGCGAAGAGGGGCUGCGGGGUCUCUACAAGGGCAGCUCGGCCCUGCUCUUCCGCGACGGCCACUCCUUCGCCACUUACUUCCUGUCUUACACCAUCCUCUGCGAGCAGCUCACGCCCGCUGGCCACAGCCAGCCAGAUGUGUUGGGCGUGCUGGUGGCCGGGGGCUGUGCUGGGGUCCUGGCUUGGGCCGUGGCCACCCCCAUGGACGUGAUCAAGUCACGCCUGCAGGCGGACGGGCAGGGCCAGAGGCGCUACCGGGGCCUCCUGCACUGCGUGGUGACCAGUGUGCGCGAGGAGGGGCCGCGGGUCCUCUUCAAGGGGCUGACGCUCAACUGCUGUCGCGCCUUCCCCGUCAACAUGGUGGUCUUUGUCGCCUACGAAGCUGCGCUGCGGCUCAUCCGGGGCCUGACUGCGUAG